UUCCUUCCGGACACUCUGAAAGACGCACCAAACCCCCGCAGUAACAACCACACGUUUGUUGUUGUUGUAGUUUCCUCGGUGUUCUUUGUUGAGGAGUGAGUUAUUAUUUUGCACACAACUCUUUAUGUUCAAAUAUUUCAGUAAAAUUAGGAUUAACGUUUGAGCGGGAAAGCUAAACAAGCGAGGGGUUUACGAGUCAUGCUGCUGGUGGACCCCGGCCUCUACAUCGGCACUGUGGCGGACCUCAAUGACAGCCAGGGAUUGGCCGCCGCAGCUGUCACUCACAUCCUGUCUGUUGACUCUGCGGACCCUGCCCCUCUGAUUCCUGCUGAUGGGAACUUUCGCAGGAAGUGGGUCAAUGUUCUGGAUGAGGUGUGCUCUGACCUUCUGAGUCACAUGGACGACUGCUUCCGCUUCAUUCAGGAAGCUGUGGAUGGAGGAGGGGCUGCACUCGUUCACUGUCAGGCCGGAAGGAGUCGCAGUGCUACCAUCAUCACCUCCUACCUGAUGAAGAAACACCAGCUGAGCUUCACUGAGGCCUCCCUCAGACUGAAGGCUGCCAAACCGGAUGUUCAGAUGAACAGUGGCUUUGAGGAGCAACUGUGUCUGUACGAGGCUCUGCACUGUGAAGUGGACACCUCCAGUCCUCUGUACAAACAGUACAGACUGAGCAAGAUCACCGAGAAGUACCCUGAGAUGCGGCACAUUCCCAGGGAGCUGUUUGCCGCUGACCCCGCCCACUGCAGCUCCUCUGAAGCGUCCUAUCGCUGCAGGAAGUGCAGGAGGGCUCUGUUCCGUGGCUCCAGUGUUCUCAGUCACUCUGUGGGAGGAGGAGCGCAGGCCUUUGGUUACAGGAAGUCCAGUAACUGCAGUGGAGACGUGCAGUGUACGUCCUACUUCAUAGAACCCGUGCAGUGGAUGGAACCGGCUCUGGUUGGAGUGAUGGAUGGACAGCUGCUGUGUCCUAAGUGCAGCUCUAAGCUGGGCUCGUUCAGCUGGUGUGGGGACCGGUGUUCGUGCGGUAGCUGGGUCACCCCCGCCUUCCAGCUGCACCACAACAGAGUGGACGAGAUCCGACAAAUCAACAUCCAGAAAUAACUGCAGAACAUGUUAAAGUGUCAGAUCCCCUUUACUGUUAGGAAAUACAUUGAUAACACUUGUCAAGUGUCACUUGACAUCAGGUGGCCUUUGAAAUGUUUAAAACACUUUUGCCAACUUCAAUUAUUUAAGUUUUACAGAAAUUGGUGCUAAAACAAUCAGUCUUUUAUCUGAUUUAUCAGAACAUUCAUGUUUUUUUCAUAUUUCAAUAACCACUUAUGAAGUGGCUUUAAUGGAUACUUGUAUAUUAACAAAGUAAACUGCUUUGCAAAAAGUGAAUUUAACACCACAGCUGGUAUUCUUUUGUGUUCCCCUUGACUUUCCAUCUGUUUUAUAAAUCUGAAAGUAGGACAGCUCUGUCAUACACAAAUCACACAAAUCAUGUAAAUAAAUGAAAAAUAAGUCUG